GGGCAAAGGAGCUACUCUUCUCCUCCUCCUCCUCCUCCUCCUCCUCUCUCCUGCUCUCUCCCUCUGUCUCCCCUCAUUCCAUUCAGAGAACUCUCCCUCACUGGGACGUCCCACCGAGGAGUCCCGUCCUGUUUGUUUCUUUCUGUCUUGUAUCUCUCCUGAAUCUCAGGCUGAGAAGAAAAGCCAUCUGCUUGGGACUUUCAUGCAUGGAGCCAGUGCUGUUACGGUCUCAAGACACAGCGAUGAGGCUUCUCUGGACUUGACUAUUGACUUCGUCCCGGAUUUGCCAUCGAACUGAAUUCACAUCAGCUUCUAGGAGGUUCUGAACGCUCUUCUCCAGCUUUGGACCCAGUCGCCCAGGUGUGAAGAACAUAGGGCAUGGGUUCGGACGUCCGUGACCUCAACACCCUCUUGUCCCCGGUCCCGGCUCUGCCGGCGGGGAACGGGAACUGCCCGCUGCCCGUCAGCAGCGCCCCUCAGUGGGCACCUGUGCUGGACUUCCACGCCGGGGCCCCCUACAGCCACUCCUUCAUCAAGCAGGAGCCCAGCUGGGGCUCGGCGGACCCCCACGAGGACCCUCACUGCGGCCUCAGCGCCUUCACCGUCCACUUCUCCGGCCAGUUCACGGGCACCGGGGCCUGUAGGUACGGGGCCUUCGGGGCCCCUGCGUCGAGCCAGCCGCCGGCCAGCCAGCCCAGGAUGUUCGGCAACAGCCCCUACCUGUCCAACUGCAUGGACAGCCAAGCCAGCUCCAGAAACCAGGGUUACGGCGCGGUUGCUUUUGACGGAGCCACCAACUAUGGACACACGCCGUCCCACCACGCCUCCCAGUACCCCAACCACCCCUUCAAACACGAAGACCCCAUCCCACAGCAAAGCAACAUGGGUGAGCAGCAGUAUCCCGUUCCUCCACCUGUUUAUGGUUGCCACACGCCAUCGGACAGCUGUACGGGGAGCCAAGCGCUGCUGCUGAGAAACCCUUACAACAGCAGUGACAAUUUAUACCAAAUGGCGUCCCAGUUGGAGUGCAUGGCAUGGAACCCUGUCAACACACUGUCCACCAUUAAGAGUCAUACAGGAGGUUAUGAGAAUGACCCCAGCACGCCCAUGGUGUACAGCUGCAGCACCCAGUACCGCAUCCACACCCAUGGAGUCUUCAGAGGCCUACAGGAUGUGAGAAGGGUACCAGGCAUCACUCCUGCCAUUGUGCGUUCUGAAACCAACGAGAAGCGGCCGUUCAUGUGCGCCUAUCCAGGCUGCAACAAGCGCUACUUCAAACUCUCCCACUUACAGAUGCACAGCCGCAAGCACACAGGUGAGAAGCCCUACCAGUGUGACUUCACAGACUGUGGCCGGCGAUUCUCACGGUCAGACCAGCUGAAGAGGCAUCAGAGGAGACACACAGGUGUUAAACCUUUCCAGUGUGAGACAUGUCAGAGAAAGUUCUCACGGUCAGACCAUCUUAAGACCCACACCCGGACUCAUACAGGUAAAACAAGUGAGAAGCCCUUUAAUUGCAGGUGGCCAAACUGUCAGAAGAAGUUUGCCAGAUCUGACGAACUCGUCCGGCACCACAACAUGCACCAGAGGAACCUGACCAAGCUACAGCUGGCCAUUUGAAGAACCUGACCAAGCUUCAGCGAAGACCUGCAGGUUCUGCAGUCACGUGUCAAACCGCAGUCCUAGAGGGGCCUGGUUCUGCUCGGUUUAGUGUUUCUCUGCUCUAACACAGCUAAUUUAACAUGUCCUUGAUGAGUAACCAAGAAAACACAUAAACAAAACCCACUAAACUGCAGUGUUGACCGCCGUGUCUCUGUGACUGGAGUUUGACCUAAAGAUUUGCUUGGCUUUGUGCUGAUCUAAGAUCCACUUCUCCUUCCCAAAUCAUUACUUUACACACAAUAAGUGUAAACAAAGCUGACCACUGACCAGUAGCUGUAUCACACACCAACCCUCACAUCCUGAAAUAGAAUAAAAACAUAAGUGUAGAAAACAUUUAAGCAUUAUUUUAAGCAGAACACUGAUUUUGUGUUGCUGACCUGAACAGCUUUGGCUGUGGCCUUCUAAAUGAUCAUUGAUAAGAUUUGGGCAGUGGAAGCUAAUAGAACAGCACUAAGACAUAAUAGCACAACUAUGUGGCGCUAGCCAGGUACCGUACUGUGCAGUCAGUCACUUAUUUCACUUCUAGUCAAAAUGGCCAUUAAGUACAAGUUAUUCACUUUUCAGGGUCAGGAAAAAAGCCUCAACAUCUAAAUUUAUUGUGUCCACUCUUUACCUUUA